CAACGCAAGACGGACAAAUCACUUGCUUGAUAAUUGUUUAUCUUCCAUUCAUCUUAUCUUAUCUUAUCCUCAAUCGCAAGAAACGACCUUGACUCUUUUUUUGGUUUAUCGUCCUUUUCUCACUGGUUCAAGACUCGCUUCUGCUCGCAACUCUUGCGGUCGGUUCGCUUAAGACAAUUCAUCGACCACCGAACCUUAAUAACUCACCAAAAGACCUUUUUUUUGGAUCCCCAACAUCUGCCAUAAUUCACCUACAUAACGGAUUUCUUUGAUAGCAAAAUUGAUCACUUUUAUUUUAUCACCUUCCAAUCGAUUUGAUUUGAUACUCCUCAGAUCUUGUGCUCUGACUCGUUUUUAUAACUUCCGUGUGGCUUCAUUUGGAAAGCUUCAUUGAGGUCUCUUCAUACAUUGAACCCUUUUUUGUUCGAAAGUCUACAAAGGGAAUCAUUAAGAAAAGCAACCACCUUCUCAUCUCGUAAAAGCCUUACCCUCAGCUGAUUGAUUAUAACGUCACCGCAAUGAUACAUCUCUCAAUUUCGUCACUCAUCCUUCUUACUCUAUCUCAUUUGUCACUUUUAUCAAAUGCUCAACAAUUGGCUCUUAAUGAACGGCCUCAAGUUUGGUUUGGGAUUUGGACUAAUCCUGAACACGGUUAUAGUGAUACUCCAGAUACAUUCAAUCGUCGCUUAGGUAUCAAUGCUAGUGUCUUUCAAAUCGCUCAAUUGAUUCCUUUGCCAAAAUACAAUGUUUGUUUGUUUUUUAAAUCUUGUGUGAUCUUAUAAGACUCCUUGCUAAAAAGUUAUGACUGACCUUAUCGGAUCUUUCCUUGUGAUCUUGAAUGUUUAUCUCGGCCAAUUCUUCAAUGAAAUCUCCUCUUAUAGUACACAACAGGAGCUGGUGGUCCAGCGCCCGAAUAUCUGAUUGAACAAACCAACACCGAUGCCGCUGUUUUCCUCACAGUCUAUCCCACUUCAUUGGACAUCCCAGAUUCAGACCUAAACCUUUUAGCCACCCAAUUAUCAUCAUACACCAAUACAACUACUCUGAAUCGAACUGUUUUCUUGCGAUUUGCUCCUGAAAUGCAAGGAACAUGGAAUCCCUAUGGGUUUCAACCAACAGCCUUUAUUGCUCUUUGGAGGCGAAUGUAUCCUAUCAUCAAAGCUGCUAGUCCGACUACAGCUAUUGCUUGGGCUCCUAACACCGGACAGAGUUAUCCUUAUGGUCAAUCUACUGCUAAUCUUAGUCCAGCUGACUUGGCUCUACUAGAUACCAACAAAGAUGGACAAGUGAACAAUUCUGAUGAUCCUUAUCUGCCCUACUAUCCUGGGGAUGAUAUGGUUGACUGGAUUGGUAUUUCUACCUGUACGUUGUAUUAAAGGUACCACCUGUGCCGCUAUGUGGAUGACUGACGAUUUGAUCUGGAUCGAGGUUAGAUUACAAAGGACCGAACUACCAAAACAUAAACGCAGCUCAAGCUGGUGGUUAUUGUGGUUCAGUCUUGAAUGGAACAUCCGGAACAUCUACCUUUAACUUUUACAAUACGUUUUGUCAAAAACCUGGAAAAGCAUGCAUGGUAUGAAACCCAACUCAUUCAAGUGACGUCUCAAAAAACCAUUUAUGAAAUAUAAAAUCUAUUUUUUGUGAUGUUUCUCGAAAAGAUUGCAGAAUCAGGAGCAGCAUGGCAUGAACAAGCGAUCAAUAAUGCACAAUCUACAAGUAAAUCGAUUAUCGAUUUACAAAGAGCUUGGUGGCAAGAUUGUAUUACUUCAACCACGUUUUUAAAUCAAUUCCCUAGACUUAAACUUACGAUGCAUUUUGAGCAUGAGAAGCUUGAAACUGAUGGUGGUCACUCUGAUCUACGUGACUAUCGGUAAGUCUUUUCAAACUGAAAUCCCCUAUGAUUGAAUUUCAACUGAUAUUUUGUAUUGUUUGCCGUCUAUAGCAUCACCAAUGAUACGGCGACGCUAGCAGCCUUUCAAGCGGAUAUGCAACCAGUACUUCCUUUCUAUGUUCAACCUUCUCCUCGAGAAAGACCAGCUGGAGUCCCAGCCCAAGGAAGACCUACCGCUGUUCCAGGUACUCCAGGUACGCCUCAAGGUACCACACCAACUGGAGGAAUCGUCUUCCAAACCGCUCGAGUGCCUGUUGUCACCGGGGUGAGUGAUCAAUCCAAAAUAAUCCCUAUGAAAAAGAAACCAGAAGACUGAUCACAUCCUCUGAUGUUAGCCUCCGAGUUUGUUUGGAACACGAAGAAAGAGCGAUGCUUCAUCAAUUUGGGAUGGAGUGGUUAUUGGCAUCUUGUCUGGUUUUGGAAUUGGGUUUAUGUUGGUUUCACGUCUAUCAUAAAACAAUUUGGCAGAUGAUUGUGACCAUAUGAAGCAAGCAUAAGAGAAGAAGUACCAUCCGUUUCCUCCCCAUAUUUAUUAUACUUUCCAUAAUCCCUAGAAAUCAAACAAUCAUACUUUCUCUGCUCUCUUAUUUUUCUUUAGCUAAACUUUCUGUCUUUUGUUUUCACCCUUUCGAUGUGAUUGAUUUAUCGCGUUCUUGUCAAGAUUACAACAAGAUGUCACUUCUUUUCCAUUCUGAUUCGACUCAAGUUUUAUUGAUUUUAGUUUGCAUGUUUUAUAUAACAGACUUUUGCUUGGUUGACUGAGAAUGAUGAUGAGUAUUUUUGCGUCACAGUCGAAUUAU